CCCAGUUAAAUUUAGCCAUGAUGCGUGCAGAUCCAUGACAAGCAGAUGCCAUGAUGGCGCGUUUCUGCAAGUGCGGACGGUGCUGCUUCCUCAUUCCUGGAACCGAGACUUCGUGCAAAUGUGGUUUCUUCGGGUGUUGACGAGCGUCAUGGUUGCGGUGGUCGUGCGCGGCCACUCGUGGAUCGAGUGCUCCAACUACUUGAUCGAAUCCGACGCAGACAAGCACUACUACAACCCAACCAAGUGCACUGGGUUUCCUCGGUGCGCCGCAGCUCGCGGUGACGUGUUUGGGAACGAAGGGUCGCUGACGUACCAGCAAACAACAACGUCGUGCCAGUGCAAUCGCAACGCGGCCAAUGCGUAUACGGCGUCGACGCCCAAGGCCAAAUACACGCCAGGACAGCGCGUGUGCCUCGCCUACCCCGCCAAGAACCACGUCGCUGCGCCGUGCACGAACGAGUACAUUCCGGACUCGGGCAUGCGCAUCUACCGGUCCAAGAAGGAUGAGACGUCCGACCCCGCACUCUUCGAGUGGCCGCACGAGUACACUCACCUGAACGGCGCGCAUGUGAACGGCGUCAUCGACUACAAGGGGUUCCAAAACUGUCCCAAGUUUUGUGAAAACAAGGACAAGGCGCUGUGCACGGUGUGCUUUGACCUGGAGCAUGAUUUAGCCGACGGCGCGUACACGUUCCACUGGGAAUGGUCGUUUAACCCUGGCCAGGAUCGGUAUGUGAGCUGUUGGGAAGUCGACGUCGGCGAAGCACGGAAUCGUAACAACUCGCCGUCCGUCGUGCCCAAGCCCCCAGUGUCCCCCACAGCUUCCCCUCCCUCCAACAACCGCAACGACGUCGAGCUCGAGUGCGACGAGUAGAGAUCUAGUCUCUACAUGCCAUGGAUGAAUGUCGUUGCGCGCAUCGUUUGUUUUUCCUUUGUCACGGACAAGCUG